AUGGAGGAGGGGGAGAUGAUUGUGAAGAGUAACCAGGAGGAAUCUUCUCCACAUAUGGACACAAAUGGACGCUAUGUCGGGAAUGUCUCAGCCGGACAUGUUAUAUUAUCUGCAGAGUGUAAGUCAGAAGAUGACGGUAUAAUACAAUCUUCUCCACAAGGAACUUCAAUUAUUGAUAAUAUUCAUCACCGCUCUUCCUGUGUGAAGACAUCAAUGGAUCCCUCAAAUCCUGAGGACUCUUCUGAUCAAUCAGAUCACAUGACUUCAGACAUCAAUCUCAGAUCUCAUAGCGCAGAUCAAACAACAGAUCCAUCCAAUCCCAAGGAAUCUUCUGUAAGCCAUGAAGGGGUCCACACAGGAGAGAAUCCAUUCUCAUGUUUGGGGUGCGGGGAAUCGUUCAAGAUGAAAUCCAAACUUCUUGUACAUCUCAGAUCUCACACCAGCGUGGCCUUUUCAUGUCCAGAGUGUGAAAAAUCUUUCUCUGAGGAAACAGGACUUCUAAUACACCAGAAAACUCACAAGAAUGACAAUCCGUAUUCAUGCUCCGAGUGUGGAAUAUGUUUCACUACAAAAAGAGAACUUCUUUCACACCAGAAAACUCACAAGAGUGAGAAUCUGUAUUCAUGUUCAGAGUGUGGGAAAUGUUUUAAUGAGGAAAAAAGAUUUCUAUCCCACCAGAGAACGCACACGGGUGAGCGUCCUUAUUCAUGUUCAGCCUGCGGUUACUGUUUCACCAAGAAAAGCAGGCUUCUGCAACAUCUGAAAGUUCACACAGGUGAGCGUCCUUUUUCGUGCUCAGACUGCGGCAAAUGUUUCACUCGCAAAGGAAGCCUUAUCAUACACCAGAGAAGUCACAAAGGCGAGUGGCCUUUCUCUUGUUCGGAGUGCGGGAAACGUUUCACCGUCAAAGCCAAAUUACUUGCACACCAGAGAAGUCACACUGGCGAGCAUCCUUUUUGUUGUCCAAAGUGCGGGAAGUGUUUCACGUGGAGAGGAAGCCUUCACAGACACCUGGAAAGUCACACCGGCAAGCGUCCCUUUCCAUGUUCAGAGUGCGGGAAAUCUUUUAUGCGUAAAGAACAUCUAGUUAAACAUCAGUUUACACAUAUCUCCUGA